AUGGCCGACACUGCAGCACGUGCUCUAAAGUUAAAAGUCUUGCCUACCAACGUACAAUUAAAAGGCUUUGGAGGUAUCGCUACGCCGGCUGUAGGACACGUAGAGUUUGAUUUAUACGUGGAUAAAGUCAAAAUUCACACUACAGCCGUUACAACUAAUACUGAUUUAGGAGAUAUCGUGUUACUUAUUGGUCAGCAAGUUAUUAAUGAUAAUACUGUGUCAUUGACAGUAACGCGGACAGGCGCUGAACUUUGUACGACAGAAUAUGGUAACGACAUAAAUUCUAUUAAUACCAUUGAAGAAGCGAGUUCUUUUAAAGUGCAGGUAGACGCAAAUAUAGAAGUUCCAGUCGGAGACAGUUUGGUGAAGGUGUUUGUGGAGGGCGCGCCACCAGGCGAGCUUUGCACGAAACCACGCCAACACAGCAUCGGUGCAGAGCAUUAUGCAGUAGCCAGUACAUUACUCAGAGGGGGCGACGGAUAUUUACGUGUCUGCAACAUUGGAGAGGUCCCUUUGAAAUGGAAAAAGGGGGAAACUGUGACAAGGGCAGAGCUCUGUAACGUCUGUGGUGAGGUGAGUGCGAAUUUAUUAUUUAUGAGGGGAGAUGAGAUUACUGAGUGUUCUUCAAUUCAUAUUGGAGGAGUGCCUUUGGACCAGAUAAAUGUUGGGAAUAUAAGUAAAACUGAAAAGACUAGGUUAAUUGAAUUAUUAGACUCCCAUUCGGAUUGUUUUGCUUCUUCCCCACAUGAGUUAGGCUGUACUAAUUUAGGUGAAAUGCACAUUAAAACAACUACUGAUAAACCUAUUAAUAGAAAGCCAUAUAGACUAGCUCAUUCAGAAAGAAAGAUAGUAGCUGAUAAAAUAGAGGAAAUU